AUCAAUCUCAUAUCAGGUUGAAACAAUCCUUCCUUCUUUCCUUCCUUCCUUCCUUAUCCAUGGAGAAGAUCGCGCACAGAAUCAUCGCUACUAACGGCAUAAACCUCCACGUGGCGGAAAUCGGGGAGGGCCCCGCCGUCCUCCUCCUCCACGGCUUCCCGGAGCUCUGGUACUCCUGGCGCCACCAGAUGCUCCACCUCGCCGGCAAAGGCUACCGCGCAAUCGCCCCCGAUCUCAGAGGCUUCGGUGACUCCGACGCGCCGCCGUCCCCCUCCAGCUACACUUUAUUUCACAUCGUCGGCGAUCUCGUCGGCCUCCUCGACGAUUUGGGUCUCGACCGGGUUUUUUUGGUCGGCCACGAUUGGGGCGCUCUGGUGGCUUGGUAUUUCUGCCUCUUCCGUCCCGACAGAAUUAAGUGUCUCGUAAACCUCAGCGUCGUCAUUCAGCCGAGGAAUCCCAAAUGGAAGCCCCUCGAUUUUAUGCGGAAGGUGCUCGGCGACGAUUAUUACAUCUGUCGAUUUCAGGAACCUGGAGUGGCUGAAGAGGAGAUGGCUAGAGCUGGUUCAGUGCAAGUGAUCAAAAAGUUUCUUACAGGAAGGAAUCCAAAUCCUCCUGUGAUUCCUAAAUCAGUUGGGAUUGGAGGGCCUCCCGGAAAAUCGAUUCAAUUGCCGGCGUGGCUGACCGAGGAAGAUGUCGAAUAUUUCGCCGGAAAGUUCGACAAGAAGGGAUUCACCGGUGGAUUGAACUACUAUCGGGCUUUGGAUCUGAAUUGGGAGCUGACGGCGCCGUGGACUGGGGUGCAGAUAAAAGUUCCGGUGAAGUUUAUUGUCGGAGAUUUGGAUGUGACGUACAACACUCCGGGGGUUAAGGAGUACAUAAAUGGCGGCGGGAUGAAGAAGCUUGUGCCGUAUUUGCAAGAGGUGGUGAUCAUGGAAGGAGUGGCUCAUUUUAUCAAUCAAGAAAAGGCUGAAGAGAUUUCUCAUCAUAUUUAUGAUUUCAUCCAAAAGUUUUGAUGAUGAUGACGAUGAUGAUGAAUGAAUGAAUGAGAACAUGUUGUUUGAGAUUAAUGGUCUGCUUCUGACAUCAUAGAAUUGAUAAUAAGAGCAAGGUUGAAUCUUUA